AGGACUAUAGAAGCUGCCCACUUGUUUUUUUAGCCGAGCUGCCCACUUGUUACUGUAGCUAUGCAUCUAGGCCAGGACUGCGGUCACGGCGAGAUUCGCUCGCCCAUGGGCCAUGGCCGACGCUCCCCGGCCCUCCUUCCGCUGCGGCUACGGACGCGUAGCCUCCUCCCCGGGCCGCGCGCACGCGGCGGCCGUCGUCGUCGUGGCAUUGGUUCAUUCGGGGGCGGGGGACGCCUAGGCUGAUUGGCCGGGACUAUCUCAAGCGCUCGCCCACAACAACAUGCGCCUCCGCCCUCACCGGCCGUCCGGAGCCACAGGUCUACCCCGCCGCCCCGCCGCGCAAAUCUGGUCUGCAACAUUACUACUGCCAGGGUCACUGCACGCUAAAGCAAUGGCUCAGGGGCCGCUGGACCUCUGGAAUCAUUGGUCAAUCCAGAUCCUAGUGCUCUUCAGCCUCGCUCUCCAGGUUUUCCUCUUUGUCUUCGCCAGAAUCCGUCAACGUGGAACCAACCCUCUGCUGAGGAUCCUGCUGUGGUUGGCUUACAUGCUGGCUGACUCCACCGCGAUAUAUGCCCUCGGCCACCUCUCUCUCAGCAGGAGCAGCAAAGGGCUCGAUCAAGAGCAGCUCGUCGCUUUCUGGGCGCCGUUCCUCUUGCUGCACCUAGGUGGCCCGGACAGCAUAACUGCCUACGCCCUCCAGGACAACCAGCUCUGGUUGCGCCACCUGCAGAUUCUCGUCGUGCAGGUCCUCGGAGCAGGCUAUGUUCUGUACAAACGCAUUGCUGACAACGGGUUCUUUGUCAUGCUGGCCUCUAUCCUAAUGUUAGCUGUAGGUUUUGUCAAGUAUGUGGAGCGGACAUGGGCUCUCCAGCGCGGGAACAUGGAUACCAUCCGGAGCUCUCUCAAGAAUGAGCCACAUGUCAAACAUCAUCAGUUCCAUGCUCUGGAUCAAGGGUUCAGAGAGGGGGCCGCCAACGAGGAAGAACUCUAUGUGCGUCGUGCUCACUCCAUGUUCCACGUAUGCAAGCGUGCCAUAGUUGAUUCUUGGAUUGAAAAGGAUUCAGAAAACCAUGGUGGUGAGAUGCUUAGAGACAUUAGAAACGAAGACUACAAAGGUAUGUGGACAUUGAUGGAGGUGGAGCUCUCCCUGCUGUAUGACAUCUUGUAUACCAAGGCGGCCGUGAUCCACACUUGGCCUGGCUAUGGCAUCCGUGUUGUCUCACCACUUGCCACUGUCGCCUCCUUCCUGUUGUUCCACUUCAGUGUCAAAGAUAGUCACGGUAGAGUUGAUGUUGCUAUCACAUACACCUUGCUGUCUGGGGCCUUCCUCCUGGAGAUGGCAUCGUUGUUGAUCGCGCUAGGGUCGUGUUGGACAUACGCCUUCUUGUGCACAACACGUUGGAGCUGGCUCCGUUACACUGCUUUGUGCACUGGAAGGUGGGAUCAGCUUCGUCAGCUUGUCAAGAAGUUCACAAGAAGGCAAGUUGGUGGUCAGGCAAGGAGGUGGUCCGGUGAAAUGGGGCAGUACAACAUGCUGCACUUUUGCAGCCGUCACGACACAGUCUUCAGUCCUCUUGUCGGUAGAUUGGCGAAGUUGUGGGGACAAAAUGAGUUGUGGAACAGAAAGCAUUACUCGGGGAGCAUUCAGAUUACAGAUGAGCUGAGGCUGUGGUUGCACCGGUACAUAGAAAGAUUUUCAAGGAGAAACAAGGUGAACACGCAAGGCAUGCUCAGGACUAAUUGGGGUGCAGAGGCAUUGCAGCAUUAUGGUUGCUUUGAUGAUUUCAAAGGCUACCUUGGAGUUGAGCUCCAAGAGGGCAUCAUUAUCUGGCACAUUGGCACUGAUGUUUUCCUUGCUAGAAGUAGUCGAUCCAAGGCUUAUGAUGCAGCCCAGGAGCAAGUGGUGAAGAGCAUUAGGACACUGUCCAAUUACAUGAUGUUUCUCCUAGUUGAGCGACCCGACAUGCUACCCGGCCUUGCUCAGACGAGGCUGUACCAGCAGACCUGCCAGAAUUUGGUUGACAUGUGGCGUAAGUCUGAGCCCUCAAGUCGCAGUGGUCCAACCAAGAAUUUCCGUACUAUGCUCAAGGAGUUAUUCCGCAUCCGUGACGACCCCAAUACUUCUCGGCUGUCGGAAAGAGACAAGCUUGCUAUCACCCUCUACAACGAGAAGCCACGCUACAGCACAGAUGUUCCUCGCCUCUGUUAUGCCAACUGGGUCACUGAAGCGCUGCUCAAAAGAGAAGAGGAGAAAGGCAGCGUGUCCGUCUUGGAACUAGUCCUACGUGUGUGGAUGGAUUUUCUAUUCUACACUGCCAAUAGAUGCAGCAGGGAAUCCCAUGCCAAGAAGCUCAGCAGUGGCGGUGAGUUGACAACCAUCUUGUGGCUAAUGGCAGACUACUUUCACAAACAUACCGUCCUCAAUGCACCAGAGGAGGUUUGAAUCAUGUACACAUGGACAUAACCACUAUUGUGUCCCCAAUUCCCCGUCAAUGUUAUCCACCUAGUUCCUUUCAAAUUCAAUAUUGACAAACUACAACUAAUGAGUUGGUCUGCUAGAUGUCAUAGCACAUGCCUAAUUUCUCGCCAUCUUUGUACAACACUUACUGAAAAAUGGUGUUUUUCGCAAACUUUUAUGAAAACGGUGGGUUUCUAUGUAUGACGCGGAAUUGUGCUGGUUUUUGGCAAUUUACUCAGAGUUUUGCUGGGUAAAGAAAUUUGCAGUUCUGAAUACUUUAUAUUUCCUAGUUGUUCUUAAUUUUGGCAGUAUGCAUGGGAACACUGGGAUGACGUGUUUCAGAGAAUUCAGUGAUUUGGUUCAACUAGACAAGGAUCAUUUCAAUGCAAAGGAGAGGUGGAGCUUGUUUACAAGGACUCCCAUGUUACAGCCCAUUGGUCACUGCAGUGUGUAAUCCUGGAAUUGAUAGCGAAUGAAAGCGUCGUAGACAUUGGAGAAGAGCUAAAAUUUCUAGAUGCUAUUAGUUCUCACCAAUUUCUACUGCUAUUCACUCUGUGGUCUGGGAUUAAUUAGCUGUGCUGCAAGGAUUCCAACUUUAAAGGCCAUGCUGCAAGGAUAAGUCCUCUGUAUGAUUCUUCAGUACAGCUCAGAAUAAAUCAGGGUGCAGAGCAGAUUCAGUCUUUUGAUUUUAGACAACGCAAGAGUUAAAGUCUUUUGUUUGCCUUUUUUUAGGGGAGGUCUUUGUUUGCUUGGAUUGAUGCACACGGCUGACACAGUUUACAACAUAUUUUCCCUGACGGCAUAGACCAUAGAUUCAGUUUUACAAUAUUUCCAGAGAGAGUAUAAUAUUGAUGCACCAUUUAUUUCAGAGAAGAAAAAGGUUCCAUGAGGGUGUCUAUUACAGAACUGGAGAAAGAGCUCGCCUACCAUGCAUGUUGCCUGGUCUGGUGAGCAGUGCUACGCCAAGUGCCCUGUCAGAGUGCAGCCGGCGGCAACACAGGUGGCAGACAGCGCUGCCCGCUGUCGAGGACCCCGGAGCCUAGACAGGUAGCCGCCACUGAUAUGAUUUUUGUGAACUUGUUUUCUUCAGUAAAUCAACCAUUUGAUGAUGUCUGCCAGUUAGGGUCCUUGGUAACUGCUAGACACCAUCGUGCGUGUUCUUGGUUCUUCACACCCAGGUGCUAGCCUAGCCUUCUUUUGAGUAGCUGCAUUAUACAUAUGUGGAUCUUUUAUUGUUUAGCCCCUGAUUUUACCUACCCGGCGUCACAUUACUCACAAUUUUCGGUCAGUUUUGUUUACCUAUGGUCAAAAAUUUCUUGUUUUACCUGUUGCGUGACCAAUGAUUUGGUCAAGUUUUUGGGUGCUUGGGUGGAGCGCUGUGAUUGGGGAAAUAAGAACCUUGUGUUGGGCAUGGAUGAACAUAGCAAAUAUUUGAAGAAAUUAAGGUGCAAAGAGGAACACCAGUCGUGGAUAUAUGAACUCAAAGUUGUAGCAGCCAUCUUAUUUAAAAUGUUCACUUUAAUUAAAGGUUUAGAACAUAAUGGAAAUGUAUUUUGGCUGCAAACUUAUUUAAAAUGUAUUUUCCCUACAUGUAUGUCUAAUUUGAGCCAACAUUUAUGUAAUUCCAUGCUCUCCUGGAAACUUCAGGCAAUAUAUGGUUGGUAAGCGUGUGGGUGGAUGCAAAUCGGUCCAUUUGAUGUGCUUUAAGAUCAGAGCCCCUCCUACAUUGAAGCCUUAAUUCUUUACCCGUCGGUUACCCUUGAACCCUUAUUUCUGCUUCAGACAUUGAUAUGCACCUGUG